UUAAAGCUGGAGUCGUUUUGGAAAAAUCAGCCAUUAAAGAAUUAGAAGAAAUGUUAAAAUGUUCAAUUAAUGGAACAAAAUUUCAGGAUUGGAAUAUCAAGAUGUGCGAACAAUGCCAAGCACUUUUAAAAGGUCCUAUUCAAGCAGGAGAAGCUGCUUUAAAGACAAUUCAGACUAAAAUAGCUGACAGCAAAAAAUAUAUAAAAGAUGUAAAGAACAAAAUUAAAGCUGUAAAAAGUAUGGAAAAAAAUAUUCAGAAUGAUUCAAAAGAUUUGGAAGAACAUUAUUUACAAGAAAUUUUAUCCAAACAAGUAAUUGAGGAAUGUACAGGAUCAUUUCAUAAAAGCUGUAUCGAUAGUACAAAUACCAAUUAUACAUCUGAGCAAUUUUUGAAAGACUGGGAUGUGUUUAGGACACAUGAUCUUCCUGAGAAACUUAAGAAAAAACUGACUGAUGAAACAAAGAGAUGUCUUGAAGAGUUAAAACCCCAACUUCAAAAAAAAUAUGGUGAAUUGAUAAAUUACAUACUGGGUCAUGAUCCUGAGUCUGAGAGCACAAAUUUUGUGGAAGAAGUUGAAGCCCAAGUAGUCCAUCUUAGUCCCAUUGGUGAGCCUUCUGAGGACAUAAAGGAUUAUAUCAGUUUGAAAACCGAAGAAAAAAAAAAUGCUGUUGCUAGCUCUAGAGCAAGUUUGGGAAAUAAACUUUUAAGAGUAGCUAAAGGUUUGGCUGUGUUUGCAUUGGUUGUAACAGCAGCACCAAUUGUUGUUGGAGGUGCAGUUGCUGGAGGUGCAGUUGCUACAGGUGCAGUUACUGCAGGUGCAGGGGCAAUUGCUACAGGUGUAGCUGCAACAGGUGGAAUUGCUGGAGGUGGAGUUGUUGCUGCAGGUGCAGGUUUAGUUGCUGGAGCUGGUUAUGUUAUGAAAAAAAUAGCCAAAACUAUUACUGUUCCUAAUGUGAAAAUGAGUGCAGGUUUAGUUGCUGGAGCUGGUUAUGUUAUGAAAGAAAUAGCCAAAACUAUAACUGUUCGUAAUUUGAAAAUGAGUAUAGAAGAUGUCAAUGCACUGUGUGACAAAAUUAACAUAGAGAUUACAAGUUCUGAUGAAAUACAAAAAGCUGUAAAAAAUGUACUGAGAGACUACUCUAACACACUGAAGGCUAAAUAUGAUCAAGAAUGGGGAUCAAAAUGGGAAUCAGAACUCAAUCAAAAGUUAAAAGAAGCUGAGGAUUCAUUAAAAGACUUACAAAAAGAAGAGGAAGUGCUGAAACAGGCACUUAAAGAACUUAAGGAAUGCAAUGAAAGUCUUAAAGUUUCAAUCCGUGACUUAUCAUCCCCCACCCCUGAAGAUGAUCGUGAUUGAUUAUUACUUAAAAUUUUAUUUGCUUGUGUGUUGUCCCAUUCACUAAAGUAAUAAAAAA